UGCUUCUGUUUCACAGGUGCUGAACUUUCCCAGCCAGCUGUGGUCGUGGCUAACAGACAUGGAGAAGCCACAUUAAACUGUGGCUACGAAGCAAAGGGAAUGGAGGAGGAGAUACGUUUAAGCCUUUUGAAGAAAACAGGCAAUCAGACAUCAGAAGUUUGUGUUCUGUCUUUUUCCACUGACUAUGAACCAGACACUAGUGGCAAUGCCUUCCAAUGUUUAGGAAUUCCAGGUCCACGUAAUGUGAUUUUUAACAUAUCAGGGAUGCAGGUGGAGGACACUGGACUGUAUUUCUGCAAGCUUGAAGUCAUGUAUCCUCCCCCCUACCGUAUUACAGAAGGCAAUGCAAUAUUUAUUUAUGUCAGUGAUCUGACAUCGCAAUGUGCUCAGUCAUUGGAAACAGUUGAAUCAAAGUCCCACGAUUUGGCCUUCCUCAUCACUAUUCUGGUUAUGUUGGUCUACAGUUUAUUGGUCACAAGUGUUUUAAUAUGUAAGCGAAGGAAAAGGAGAUGGGAUACAGGCCACUAUGGGCAGGUACUUCAAUCAAAUAACAAGAAUUAUCAUCCUUAUUAUAUUAAAAUGUGAUUUCAAUAAGCUGGAAACCUCAUACUUACCAAGUAUUUUAUUACCCAUCCUUGCUUGACAAGCAUGUUAUUGCUGGCUAAUGUUGUCACGAUACAUUAUCUUGAGCAAGAUGGUACACAUUUUAGCCCAAACAUCACUGUAAGACAAAGCUGGGCAUGCAUUAU